AUGACCGACGCGAUGCACAGCUACGCGUCGCCCGGCGGCUACAGCGCCGAGUACGACGACCAGGACGUCGAGGACUACGGAAACCACCAUGGCCACUCGCAGCCGCCGGACGCUGUCAAGCUCUUUGUCGGCCAAGUCCCGCGCAACAUGGAAGAGGCGGACCUCCGCCCGAUCCUCGAGGCCUUUGGCCCGCUCUACGACAUUGUCAUCAUCCGCGACAAGGUCAGUGGCACGCACCGCGGCUGCGCCUUUGUGACCUUUUGCUCGCGCGACGCGGCCGAGGCGGCGAUCGAGACGCUGCACAACCAAGUGACGCUGCCCCUCUCGUCCAACCCGCUGCAAGUCCGACCGGCCGAAGGCCAAGCGGGAGCGUCCCAAGAGCACAAACUAUUUAUUGGGAUGAUCCCAAAGCACGCGGACGAGUCGAGCAUCCGUGAAGUGUUUGCCUCGCACGGUCCCAUUGAAGAAAUCUACAUCUUGCGCCACCCGGCGACGGGCCAGAGCAAGGGAUGUGCGUUCCUCAAGUACAAGGACCGUCACGCAGCCUCAGCGGCCAUUGAUGCCUACAACGGCACGUACACGAUGGAACGUGGUACGGCGCCGCUGGUCGUCAAAUUUGCUGACAGCCGCCGUCAACGCAUUCAGCGCGCGCGCAACCAAGCCGCGACGGCCGCUGCCGCGUACUGGCAGCUUCCGCCCGGCGGCACGAUCCCGUUUCCGCAGCUGCAGCAAAUUCAGCAGCAGUACAUGCAGCAGAUGCAAGCUUUUGGCGCUCAAGCCCUCGCUGGCCAGUCGUCGCCAGGCGCAUCGCCGUCGCCAGCCGCCAACCCCGCGGCGUUCAUGUAUUACAACCCGUAUGCGUUCGCCGCGGCGACCGGCUACCCGUCGUUUCCCACUGGCGCGGCGCCGCCGUUCCCACUGGACGCUCUGGCCAGCGCCGUGCCGUCGUCGGUCGCAGCCGUCGCAGCGGCGUCGUCGGGCGCCCGCGCCGCGACCCAGUUGGAAGGCCCUGCCGGUGCCAACCUCUUCAUCUACCACUUGCCGCACGACUUGACGGAUGCCGAUCUCGCGACGGCGUUUGCUCCCUUUGGCACGGUCAUUAGCGCCAAGGUCUUUAUGGACAAGAACACGGGCGAGAGCAAGGGCUUCGGCUUUGUGAGCUACGACUCGGUGCAGGCUGCAGAUGCUGCGAUUGCGAGCAUGAAUGGGUUCCAGAUUGGCUCCAAGCGGCUCAAGGUCCAGCACAAGCGCGUCCACCACCGCGACGAUUAUGGCGACGACGACGAGAGCGGGUUGGACCACGCGGUGCACAGCCUGCGCCUCGACGGAUAG